AUAUUUUUAAUAUAUGUGAAAAUACUAAAAAAUCUAUUUUUGUGGAUCAGAAUUAAUAUAUAUUAAUUGUAUAGAGGAUAUUAUUUUUUUUUAAAUAGGACUUGCUCUUCUUUUUUUGAAUGAGCUUAACCAAUGGAUAUAUAAUGGUUAUAUACAAAGACGUGAGUAACCUAAAUCGCCCAUCGCCUAAGAUCGACAAACUGUAAACCGAAAUAGCUUGAGGAGGGAGACGGUAAUAAAGAUGUUCAUAAGCUAUUACAAUCUUGAAGCAUUUGAUCGCGAGUCGAGGGCCACUCAGAAACUAGUGGAGAAAUACAGUAUAUUCGAUCUGAAAGGCUCUAGGAUUGAACUCUGUGUAAAUAGAUGUACUAAAGAUCAUCCUUGUCCUCGCUUAGUCCGCUUGUAUGCUAAGAUGGGCCUUCAUCGUUACAAUUUGUUGCAGGGCAGAGAGUUUAAGCUCAAAGGCGUACAGAAAUACAUUAAGACACUAGGUUCUCCUGCUGCCACUUAUUACAUCACUGUGUAUGCAAUUGACCAAGCUGGUGGCUCUUCGCGUCAGACUUUUCAGAUUCAAGUAUCUGAAGAGACUUGUGGCAAAUUUAUGCUGACGUGCGAUAUUGCAAGAAUUCGAGGGGAAUCUAAAAGUGACAAAGAAACGAUGCUUUUGGACAUUCGCUUGCCUGAGUGGCCGCCAGAGAAUCCUUUUGAAAGAUAUUGCCUGGCAAAAGAAGAGCUGAAAUCCAAUGACUGGAUUUGUCUAUAUUUGGAGCUUACUCUUGCCACAACUGAAGAUAGGUAUGGUGACUCCAAAUUCAAAUUGGACAUUGUGAACGUGGCUACAGAUUUGGUGCCUCCCGGACUCAAUGCCAAAAAUGCAACCUUCUACAUAAGGUACAAUGACUUAUCCAAGACUGCGCUUGGUGAAGUUUCUGAUCACAUUGCUAUAGUUAGUAGAAGGUUCGAUGAGGAUACUGGAUGCUUCGUUCUCGUGGGUCAGAGUCAUCAGAGUUCAAAAGUUUUACCAGAAAACCUUCCGAUAAUUAUCAGGUUGUGAAUAGGGCUGGGCAAAUAAACCGAACCCGAUUCAAUAAAAAAAGAUCUAGAACCUAGAAAAUAAUUAAUCAACAAAAAUCUAUACUAUUAUUCAAAAAGUGAAACAACAAAAAAGACCAACAGCCCAGCGCCCCCAACCGAUCCUGCCCCCAGAAUGCGCGAUGAUCCGCUCGGAUGCAGCCUGGCAAACAGAAACUAUGAUGGCCGGACUCGGCUGGACGAUCAAUUCUCUAUACAGAACAAGCUCCUUCUCUGUCCCAGAACAUGCCGUACGCUCCCCGCUCACUGCAGAAGGUUUGGCGCUUCGGGAGGCAGUCAUGAUGUGCAAAAGAUUGAAGAUCCCAAAAAUUUGCUGCGAAUCGGAUUCGAUGCAACUUAUACAGGCGGUGAAUUCAACCUCCACACACUCGGAACUUUACAGUAUUGUGGCCGACAUCCACUCCUGUUUAUCCUCUUUUGAGUUUUGUAUUUUUCGUUGGAUCCCACGUUUGGGAAAUCUUGUUGCUGAUAACCUUGCAAAAUCAGCUUUAGCUGAUGCAGUUGUAGUAAUGGCUCUCACCUAACUUUGACGGGCUAUUUAAUAUAAGUGGUGUUUCAAAAAAAAAAGAUAAUUUUACUUAUUUUCAUGUUUGAUUAGUUUUUAUCUGAGUCAUUUAUUAAUUUAUUAAUUAAAUAAGUGAUUUUGUUGAUUUGUUAAUUUAAAUAAGUGAUUUUGUUGAUUUAUUGAUUUAAAUAAGUGAUUUUGUUGAUAAAUUUAAAUAAGUGAUUUCGCUGAUUUUUUAUGUUUUACAUAAUCCUAGAUAAUUUUACUUAUUUGUCAUAUUUAUUAAUUUUUAGCUGAGUCAUUAAUUAAUUAAUUUAAAUUUAAGAAAUAUUUUAAAUUUAGAUUUUAGUUAUAUUUAGUUAUUUUCAUGUUUGAUUAGUUUUCAUCUGAGUCAUUAAUUUAUUAAUUUAAAUAAGUGGUUUUGUUGAUUUAUUAAUUUUAAUAAGUGAUUUUGCUGAUUAAUUUAAAUAAGUAAUUUCGCUAAUUUGUCAUCUUUUACAUAAUCUUAGAUAAUUUUACUUAUUUGUCAUAUUUUAUUAGUUUUUAGUUGAGUCAUUAAUUUAUUAAGUUAAAUUAAAUAAAUAUUUUAAAUUUAAUUAGAAUUAUAAUUAAUCUGAAUUUGACGAGUUAGGACCAAUUAUUAUUUGUCAUAUGUGAUCUAAGAGAUUUUAAUUAGUGAAAAUUAUAUCAUAUGUAAAUAAUAAAUACUAAAUGCACAUCAUUUAAUUAUCACCCUUUAGUUUUUGUCAAAGAAAAAACAUAUGGAUAAUGAAUUGAAUGUCACAUAGUAUUGAUUUGAACUAUAAGGUUUUAUAGUUUUCAGACAAAUAAUAUCAAUAAACUAAGUUCCAAUCGUAGGUCUCAUGUUAGGUUAAUUUCAUAUGUUAUAAUGUAUUGUAUUUGCUAAUAUAUAAAUCAAUAAUUAAAUAAGAGUACGAGUUAGAACAUGAUUUUAAAGUCAUUAAUGAAUGAAUAUCUUUCCAUGUAUGCAUAGCAUAAUCAGGUGGCUCUUCUUCUUAAUCAACAUCAACAAUAUCACAUUCUUCUUCCUCAAUAAUUUGGGUUGAAUUGAACAAUUGAUUCAAUGCUUUUUAAUUAAGCCUAAAACCAAUGCAUUGUGCACAAACAAUGUCAAUCGUUUUAUUGCAGUUACAAUAUAACUCAUAGUGAAAAUAGCUUACUAGUUUAUGCAUGUGGAGUCGACGUUUUUCACGUUGCCGUAUGAAAAAAACUUUACCCCUCGGAUCACUCUAAAAUCAACAAUCAUCACGGCAUGUUCAUCGUGAUAUGCAGCGCCUGGUUUCAGACCAUAGUAUAUAUGCAUUUUUUCAUCACUUUCACUUUAUAAUACUCACUCAUCCAUCAAACAACAGUAACGUUGCACCAACCGGAUACCCCAUCUUCAAACGCUUCAAAGCUGACUCUAGAGUAUCAUAGUAAAAGACGUCUGUUGAAUCUCUUGUUUUCAACUUUUUCUUUCAGCUAGCCAUGUAACUUGGCAUACAUCAGACCCCAAAGCAAGCCACUAGGAAAGCAACAAUGCUUGUUGUUUCCAGCUUCACAAUAUUCUUUAUAUUCGUCUGUACUAACGUUCCGACACAGAAACAUUAGAGAAAGAUGCAUGUACUCCUUAUCUAACUCAUUCAACACUCUAGAGCAACUAUCAGGUCACAAUCAACGCAAGCCCAACAAAGUAAAUGCAUUCUUUGGUGCCUAAUCUGGCCUCCUAGUGCUAGUGCAGGUUCCAGUCUUAGUCUAUGUUCUCCAUCAAUUAAUAAUGCGUCUGGUGGACGUAGAGUAAACCAUCUCAGAAAUUUGAACCCUUUGGAAUCAACCAGACAAUAUGAUCGACAUUUACCAAAUCACCUUGUUAUAUAAUCAGUUAAUUUCGGUUUACCAAUUUGGGUUAGAUUAUUCCGGUUUAGUCCUUUCAUUUAUGCAUUUUUAUGUUUAGCAAACAAUUAUUAUGUAAUCAGCUGGGUUAUCUUAAUCCGGUUUAAUGCUUUCAUUUAUGCAUUUUUGGUUAGCAAACAAUCCCAUAUAUACAUUAUUUAGAAAGUGAUUUGACACAUGUCAUUUCUACAAUCAUUUUUCCUUAAAAAUGUGAUAUCACAUAUUAAAAUUGGUGACAUAGCUUAUGACUAAAUGUGACAUGGACAAUGUUGAUUUAUAUUAGAAUAACUCAUUCAUCAUUAUUAAAAAAAAAUUAUUCAAAUAUGAUACUAAAAAUAUAAUAAUAGAAUUAUAACACUAUUUUAUAAAUUUUGAAAUAUUAUUUAAUUAUAUUUUUAUAAUUAUAAAUUUUAUUACUAAAAAAUAUUUUCAAAAUUUUCUAUUAGUUUCUAGAAGUUAUAAAUUUUAAUCAUAAUACCAUUUGUUUCCUUUUUAUAUCUACAAAUUUAGAAAUACCGUUUAUUUUUAAUUUUUGUUGAUUAUAAAAAAUUUAUAUACAUUUUUUCUUAAUUAUAAAACUGAUUUAAUAUAUUUUUAAUAAAACUAAUAGAUAAAAUCUAUCUAAGACUAUAACUUUACGUAUAUACAUAUUUAUUCUUAAAUAUAAUUUAAAAUAAAUAAAAUUAUUUAUUUUUAUUAAUUUUAUAUUUAAUUAAAUAAAAUUAUAUUAGAAUAUUGGUAAGAAAAUAACAAAAUCCACAAUAUUAACAAAAUUUUACUUUUGAAUAUAAUUUAAAUAAAUUUUACUGAUGCACAUUCUGCAAGAAAACACCUUUAUGCAAUCGGUUAACUAAUUUAUAUGUAAGGUUUUGUUUAUUCUCACCAUCAUCAUAACCUUCAUUAAUCAUCACCUCCGGAUAAGACGAGCAGAAACAAUCUGCUUUUUCCUGCAGUUCUUUUGUGAUGCGAUACAAGAGAGAAUAACAAAUGACACCAGGAACUCAGACAUGAUUAAAGGAGAUGAAACAAGUAGUGAUCCGUUCUUGCUUAAAAGAGUGUUUACCCGCGAAGCAUACCCACAUGAAACUCUAGAAAGCAGGUUUUAAGAUUCAUGCUGCUUAUGGUUUUGAACUUUGAUCUAUAGCAUCACUGAAUGGCAUGAAAAUCUAGGGUUGUGAGAAAUAAGAAGCAUGUGUUGUUGCUUGCUAAUCAAGCAAAUCGUGUGUGGGGCCGUGGAGGAUUAACAGCUACGUGUGCUCUGACCACGGUUUCAAGAAUUGUGAAGAAGAGGGCUUGAUUGUCAAAAGAGACGUGUGGAGGUGAGACUGUGUUAGUUACUACUGAUGGGAAUCUGCAACCGCCCUGAUUAUUUUCACUUUGAUAAUUGGUGAUACUAUAUUUAGCAACAGAGUACAAAAGUGGAUUCUUACAUGCUUGAACUAAGAAAGAAAAAAUGGUUACACGAGUUUGCAAAAAAGCAGUAUUAUGAACCUAGUGCAAAUGAGUUACAAGUAACGACAACUCGAGCCUUAACAAGAUCUACCUUCAGUAUCACAAGUUAUAUCUACAAAGUUUGGCGUUACUCUCAUAAUUACCA